AUGCGGGAAGCCGCGCAGCAGCUGCAGGGCGUGCACAACUACUCGGCUUUCAUGGACAAGAAGAGGCCCUCAGUCACCACCAUCCCGCCGCCCCGCGCCGCCGAGCCAGGCCUUGGCAGGCUGAAGCGCAAGAAGCCGCACCUUGUCGAGCGCGGCAUCAAGCCGGAGCGCACCUCCGACAAGAACGUGCGACACCUCUGGAAGCUCGAUGUGAUAGAGGAGCCAGACGCCCCCUGGCCGCCGCCGCCGUACGGCGGGGCGCCGGGCGGCGGGCACGUGCGGGUGGAGGUCGCGGGCAACGGGUUCCUCUACAGGAUGGUGCGGAUGCUGGUGGCGGCGCUGGUGGAGGUCGGCCACGGGCGGCUGGCGCCCGGCCAGGUGGCGCAGCUCCUCGAGUCCGGCGACCGCGGGCGCCUGCCGGAGGCUGCGCCGCCGCACGGGCUGUACCUGAUGAGGGUGCUGUACGAGCUGCCGGAAGGCGUGGAGGCGGUGGCGCGGGGGGGCCGGGGCGGCGGGGGCGCCGUGGAGGAGGGCGGCGGCGGGGGCGGCGGCGCCGGGACAGAUGAGGAUGGGGAGGAGGAGUGA